GCAUUAUGGAGGUUGAGUUCAUCGAGGAAAUGGAUCACAUUAUAUGCAUUACUUGUACGUUUGAACGUUUGUCCUCUCCAGAAAGGAUUUUUGACACAUCCCAAAACUCCUUACGUACGGUCACCCAUUCCUUUUCUACCUCACAAGCCAAAUACCACUGUACGUUGUGCGCCAAUGAGGCAGAGCAAGUGAAGAAAGGUGUUGUAGCGAAGGCCGACAAUGUGGCAAAGGCUGUUGUACACCUCAUCAACAAUGGCCCCAGCGGCAGUGUUUGGGUGAGCGGAAGAAGAAAGAACCAGCUUACAGCUGAAUUCCCUGAGUACCCAACUAUGCGCGUUGACCCUGUUGUCAAGAUUCUUGCUCACAUUUGGAAAUGGGGUUAUUGGACCUCUGAACCCCCAGUGUGCGGGUUCGAUCCCGGCCGAGGUGCUCGAAUUUUCAAGGAAGGACGGAAAAUCCUCAGUAGCCAUGUCACAUUUGUGUCAAAAGAAAAGACACAGCAUCAAGCGACAAUUGGUCUGCGACGCGCGAGGCGCCUGGUGCGGGUGCGGGUGCGGGUGCGAACGUGUUGUGCGGGCGGGCGCUCAGUUGCCCACACGGAUGGUCUCGCGCUCGGGGAUGGCCACCUCGUAGACAGGCUGGCCGCCCUCGCUCACCCAUACGCUGCCGUUGCUCCCGUUGCGGAUGAUGUGCAGCAUGCCCUUGGCGACGUUCUCGGGCCUGAGGGGAAACACGUAACCCAACCGCGCAUUGUACUCACCCCGAAGGAUCGGCUGAGGCCCACGACAGCGUGCUUGGUGGCGACGUACACGGGGCAGCCGGCCAUGGCCUGCAGGCCCAGGAUGGACGCGAUGUUGGCCACAACGCCGCCGCGGCCGCCUUUGUUCUUGCCCAUGAUGUCGAAGGCCAGCCACGUGCCGCGGGCCACCGCCGUCUGCGCGUCACCAACAAUCAAAUUAGAAGGUGGCCAGAGCCGUAACCUCGGCGAUAGCGAAGCAGAGCUUCGACAUUUAGUGUUGUCAUCUCAAACCAUGGGUAUUUUGGCAAGUGUGAAAGGUGUUACGAAUACUCACAGCCACUCCAUUCCGGAGGAGCUCUUUCACGUAGGCGAGGCCGAUGCCAGUGGCGCCACCAGUCACCAGCGCGUACUUGCCCUUGACGUCGAAGGUCACUGCGAAAAAAAAAUAGAAGCUGAA